AUGUUGUUAGGGGCAGAAAUCUAUAGUCAGAUUUUGCAGAACGGGUUCAAAAAGGCUCCUGAUGGCAGCACAGUAGCUCAGGCUACCUCAUUGGGAUGGAUUUUAUCGGGUACAGUUACUUCUGCUUCUCAGAAUACAUCCAAUAUUACAGUGAUGCAUACCCAACUCGGUGAUGAUGAAAUCCUGAAAAAAUUCUGGGAAUUAGAAAAAGAACCAAAUCACAUCAAGAAACAUUUACUCACCGAAGAGGAAUCCAGGUGUGAGGAAAUAUUUAAGGCUACAACUACUAGAGAAAAGGACGGUCGCUACGUUGUUAACUUACCAUUUAAAAGUGAAGAUCCAAGCUGUCAAUAUGGUGAUACAAAAAAGGCUGCAAUUAAGAGGUUUUAUACAUUAGAAUCUAAAUUCGCCAAAGAGACACAGUUAAAGGAAAAAUACGCAGACGUUAUGAAGGAGUAUUUACAACUGGGACAUAUGAGGGAACUAACUAAAUCGGAGGAACAAAAUGAGCAUGCAGUGUACUUACCUCACCAUGCGGUAGUACGUAAUGACAAGGACACCACCAAGGUUCGGGUAGUUUUUGAUGCGUCCUGCAAGGGAAAUAAUGGGUUAUCUCUCAACGACGACUUAAUGAUAGGUCCUAGACUGCAACCAGAUUUGCGACAUUUGUUUAUUGGUUGGAGAACGCACCGCAUUUGCCUUGUUUCGGACAUCGUAAAAAUGUACCGAAUGAUACGCGUUGCUGACCAUCAUACCGAUUUUCAGCGUAUCGUGUGGAGAGAUAACAAGCAUUCUACACUAAAACAUUACAAAUUACUUACUGUUACCUUUGGUACCUCUUCAGCACCUUUUUUGGCAGUGCGUUCGAUGCAGCAAGUGGCGUACGAUGAGGGAAUUAAAUAUCCAUUCGCAGCUGAAAGGGUACUUAAAGAUUAUUACAUGGAUGAUUUGAUGACUGGUUGUGACACGAUAGAAGAAGGCAUGCAAAUCUAUGAUCAAAUGAACGAGUUACUUGCAAAGGCGGGAUUUACUUUACAAAAGUGGUCAAGCAACAGCAGUGAAUUACUGGAAAAAAUGAUCGGGAAAAGAUACUCGUUCAAGGGACAGCAAAAUGUAGAAAAAGAGAUAAGUAUAAAACAAGAUGAAGUAUUUAAAACUUUGGGACUUACCUGGAACCGAACCUGUGACACUUUCCAAUAUUCCGUUCAGCUACCUGCGCUGCAAGAACCUGUAACAAAAAGGAAAAUAUUAUCAGAUAUAGCAAGACUAUUUGACCCUUUAGGAUGGGUCGCCCCAGUAAUUAUUGUAGCAAAAAUGCUUAUUCAAAAAUUGUGGAUUUCUGGGAUAGCAUGGGAUGAGGAAGUUCCAUGUGAAAUAAAAAAGGAAUGGCUUACUUACCGACAGGAGUUACACUUUUUAACGAAGUUUUCAGUACCUCGAUGGUUACACAUGAAGCACGGUGACAAGCAGAUUGACUUACACGGAUUUUGCGACGCCUCAAAAUCAGCAUAUGCUGCGGUAGUAUAUGUACGGGUUGUCGAUGCUGAUGGUGGAAUACAUGUCAACUUGCUGACCGCAAAAACUAAGGUGGCUCCUAUAAAGACUGUAUCAGUCCCUCGAUUAGAGCUAUGUGGGGCUGUUCUCUUGGCAAAACUUCUAUCCGAAGUCUCUGAGGUUAUGGGGAUAAGUAAAUCAAAUUUGUACUACUGGACUGAUUCAGAGAUUGUAUUAGCGUGGUUAAAUUGCCAUCCGAACAAAUGGAAAACAUUCGUAGCAAAUCGAGUUUCUGAAAUCUUAUGUAUCAGUGAACCACAGCAAUGGAAUCAUGUUCAGUCAAAAAGCAAUCCGGCUGAUUGCGCAUCGCGUGGUCUCUAUGCGUCAGAUUUUUUGAACUUUAAACUUUGGUUAGAGGGUCCAAGAUUCCUGAAGGAUACAAAUAUUAUAUAUAGUAAACACAAGGCAGCAUCAACAGACGUAGAAGCAAUAAAAGUACAUGUAGUAUCAGAAGACAACUUUAUUUGGGAUAAAUAUUCAUCACUUACAAGACUUGUUAGAAUAGUAGCAUAUUUAAGACGUCCUUUAGAAUUAAGAAAACCAAAACCUGAAAGAAAUAAUCAUACAUUUAUAACUGCCGUAGAGUUGAAAUUAGCUUUGGAGACAUGUAUAAAGAUAUGUCAGGAUCGAAAUUUCGAAGAAGUAAUUCUGGAUCUGAAAAAAGAGAAGCCUAAAAGAAAGGAGUUUAAAUCAUUAAAUGUUUACCUUGAUUCCGUUAAUAUCUUGAGGGUGGGCGGUAGACUGGAGCGUUCUGAUCUUGCCAGAGAUCGUAAAAACCCAAUUUUAAUUCCUAGCAAUUCUCAUUUUACUAAUCUUCUAAUUGCUGAUGCACAUGAUAGGAAUCUACAUGGCGGACCUCAACUCAAAAUCCAGAAUCCAAUAUAG